AUGACUGACUUUAGCAACCAUGUCACUGGGACGAUCCGCCCGCAGAGCUUGUGGCCCAAGACCUGGCAGAGCCCACGACACUUGCUCAACUCCCGGAAACAUGUGCGAUUCCUCCGGCUCGACGUGGCCUACAACCACCCCCCGGAAAGCUCCGACCGCCCGGAGUAUGUCCGCUAUCGUACGGUAAGUUGCAAGAGGCAGGCUGCGCUGGAGCGAGCGCAAGACGGCCUGGAAGAGCGCGCUACUCAAAUUCGGGCGGCCCCGUCGAACAGCAACACGCCCCGGCCUUCUACCCGGACCUCCCUGGCGGCUAGCGAGCAGUGCCCCAGAGCUGGAGCUGGACCGAUAGAAGCUGUUGCAAUCUGA